AUCCUCGUUUAUGGAACUCUCAGCUUAUUCGUCCACGAGUAUAGAACUACCGCCCCUUAAGGUUAUUUGACUGAAUGAUCAAACAAUGCCGCGGCUCUAUUCGUUCGUCGUCGCAUGCUGGCUGGCACAAAGUUCGCGUUCGGUGGCCCACCCAGUCGAUGAUAUUGAGCCAGAAGCUGAGCCUCCCGCUGUGGUUUAUGAGACCUCGGAUCCCCACGACACAGCGAUAGGCUCGAUCGAGGCAAUUCUGAAGCAGCAAGUACAGGAUAAUGUGGCAGCAAACAACCGAGAUUUCUCACUAUCCUCAGGGGGCACAACCCCUUACACGGGCAAUGCAGCAGCUGCUGCCGAUGAGGCUCUGAAGCAAAUACUGACAGCAAAUGAACAGAAGAAAGCUCGUGUUGCUGAAGAACGCGACCACAUCGACGAGGAGCGUAGUCGCCAUUCACGCCGUAUGAUGGAGUUGGAGGACAAGCUCCGCCAAAGCCUAGACAAACUUCAAGAAAGAGAGAAUAACAUUUAUGCGUCAGAGCAUAAGCUUGAAUCACAGCUGGAGAAGGGUGAAAAAGAACUGAAAAAUCUCGAUCACAGAGCGGCGGAAGGACGUUUCCUCCACAAGAGAAUACACAAAAGUAUCAUCGAGGGAGAAGAAGGGAAGCUGAAGUCGAAGUACCAUGGUCGAAUUCACCCUCAUCGGCAUGAAUUUGCGAAAUAGAAAUAGUCAAAAGUGCAGCAGGAAAUGGUAUCAAAAAGGGCCUUUGAAACUCGUGGAUUGUUACGUCAAGCCACCAGUGCCAUGUGCAUCGAAGGCAAUGAGAACAUCUUGUAUAGUGCUCGCGGUUAUCACUUAUGGGGCUUCAUGAAACAAAGUGACUACGGUGGAUUGAGGUAGACAAAGGACCUGUCUUUUUUUCUGUUCACAUGGACCUGCUGCCACCAUGUUGCGCCGGGCUGCAGACAGUUUCAGAUCGCUGCUACCUUUGUCCGUCGGCUGUCUUUAUUCUCUGGAGGAUAUCUAAUUUUCCUUUUUUCUGUCGCUGGCCGGAGGACAGCACGUGUCUUCUGC